GUACAACGAUAGGGCUGACGGGCAGCGGCAGCCGUCCUCGCCACCGCCCGGCCUCCUUUGUCCCUUCCCCUCCCCAGCGCGCCUAGCCCAGCCCAGCCGGCAGCACGGAGCGGAACGGCCCAGGCUGGGGAUUCCCCCUCCGCGCCGCAGAGGUCGCCAUCUUCACCCCGACCUCGCCGCAGACCCUGCCGGCCGGGCUCCCGGGAGCCGUCCGGGAGCGCAGGAGGGGGCUACGCCGGGCCGCGCACGCCCGCUGCAUGUGACAGUCGGGCGGUAGCGGCCUCCUCCGUGGAUCUCGUCUGCGUCCUCCUCCGCCCUCAGCGCGGCGGAGAAAGGGCGCGGAGCGCCCGACAGCGGGGGACGGAGGUGCCGGGGCGCGGCGGGCAGACAAAGGAGCGGGCGCCGCCGUGGGCAGUGGCCAGAAGAACGUAAGGUUCUUCGACUCUUGACUCUGAAGUUGAACGUGCACUAAACUAAUUGGGGAUAUCUUCACUGAGUAACUUGCUGCUUGAAGAAAGGACUAGACUAACUGAAGUUGAGGAAUUCAGAGAGCCCAAGGAAGGAAAAGUCCGCACAUGAAUUGGCCUGGAGAAUAUGUGACAAGGAGGUGGUUUUAUUACUAGAGUAAUAGCGAAACUGUUCACAUAACGCUAAGGACCAAAGAAGCGUAUGUAACAUUUCUGUGGUGCUGGGACCAAUCUUCUGAAAGAAGACUCUAAAAUAACUUUUUGCCUUGAAGUUGUUCGUCCUGUGACUGACUUGUCUUUGGGGAAGAGCUCAACAGAGAAAAGAUUUUCACAUUGGAACCAUUAUAAGUAAACCUAUUUAAAAGACUUGCUACCUGAAGACAGAUUUACGAAGUCCUGCUUUUCAUCUGUGUUCCUGCUGCAGACUGUAAAGAAUGAGUGAGUUUUGGUUGUGCUUCAACUGCUGUAUCGCAGAACAGCCUCAGCCUAAAAGACGGCGGCGGAUUGACCGAAGCAUGAUUGGAGAGCCAACAAACUUUGUUCACACAGCUCACGUAGGAUCUGGGGAUCUAUUCAGUGGAAUGAAUUCGGUGAGCUCAAUUCAGAACCAAAUGCAGUCCAAGGGAGGCUAUGGAGGUGGCAUGUCUGCAAAUGUUCAGAUGCAGCUUGUAGAUACAAAGGCAGGAUAACCCUGGGGAAACCUUUCCAGUUCAUGUGGGUUCCUAUAUCUUCUUUCCUGUGUCCUCUUUUUUGCCUUGGCGACUGCUUUCUGUGCUCAUGACAAGAGAAGUGAUGACUCCUUCACCCUUUGUGAUUACUCCAGUGAAAAGUUGCUGUUCUGCUCUGAUGAUGAUGCCAUUUAUCAGAUUGGUCCAACCAUGCCUUUCAGUGGCAUAUACAUGUUUGCUUCUACCAGAAUCAUGAACAUAGAGCUGUUUAGGAUUGGUUUUAGUUUUUUGUUUGUUUUUAAGGCAAAUUAAAGCACCAACCUGAGCUUCCCUAAUCCCUCACAACUCCUCACAACGUUCUGUUGCUUUUUAAUCAUUAAAUCUUCUGUCCACUAAAGUCACAUAGAAAUGAAUGAGUUUCCAUUAAUGUCUUCAAUCACCUAUUGUUCAUACCCAUUUUUGAAAGAUCUAGGACCUGCAAGCACAAAUUAUUAUUUCAUACAAAAUCAGCAGAGUAGAUGACCGCAUGCUUUGUGAGGUUGCUUUGUAUGGUGGCCCCCUUGGUGCUAAGCAGGAAAACAAAAUAAAAAUUGCUUACUGCAGACUGGUGGAAGAUUUUGCUGUGGCACCAAGUCAUGCCUGUUUCUGACAAAGGAUUUGUAACUUAGCUGCUUCAGAAUUAUGUUUUUAUUUUAGUUAUUAUCCAGCUGGUCUUGAAGUAAUAAAGACAGAGCUUGCGUUCAUGAGGCAUUUGUUGUAAAUGUUCAAGUAUAUUUAUUUUGAAAGAGUUGACCUUGAGACUGUAAACCAGUGUAGUACCGUAUCUAAGUGUUGUGGAAGCGCUUUAGUCUAUUUAAAAAAGAAAAGCAUAAGUUUGGCUGCUUCUUUUUCUUUUUACAGUUUUUCUUAAUUUUAGGCUGUAUGGUCAUUUCCAGUAGCAGCAUGUCAGACUGCCUGCAAUAUUAGCUGAAAAGUUUAGUAGACCUCUCCAGUAGUUGGCAGUUUCUGUGUACUAAAUAUUUAGGGGCCAUGGAAGUUGCUAAGAGCAACAUACUAAUCUGGCAGAACAGAUGCCAAUGAAAACAACAUACAGGGUGACUUUUUACUAAGUCAGUAAAAUGCCUUUUGCUCAGGUUCCAAAGCAUGUUUCUUUCACAUGUUGUGAAAUUGUAUUUUAAUAUUGCACUGUUUUCAGAUCUCUCUAUAAAUGGUCCCUUUUUUUCCUCCUUGGUGGUGGUUUGAGAGAAUUCAGUGAUUUGAGUCCUGGUUGAGUUAAAUUUUUAUGUGGGGAAAAAAAUCAUACAAACAAGGCAUAACUGAGCCUAGUCAGAUCUGGUUUUACAUGUGAGCACUCAUGUUCAUAAACAUGGAUUGCUGUCAAUGAUUCUUUAUUCUUUUUCCAUACUUCCCCUGAUUUCACAUUGCAACAGCUGUCAGCUUGAUAAAAACAUGUAUGAACCUACCUAGUCUUCUCUCUCAGUUCACAAACAACACACAAAAUGUACGGCCAUGGUGGUAGUUUGCCUUUCCGAAAUUGUAUUCCAGUGGUAGGUGUCAGUUAUCUGGUUCACUAGCUCAAAUUAGGUUAGAUAGUCUUCACUGAUUAAAGGUACUGAUUUACAACAACAUAAGAUCAAAAUGUUCAAUUGUCUGGGUGCGUAAGCAUGGCAGUGCAGUUAUGCAUUGUUUUUCUUUAGAGGUCAACAUUUCCAAUGCCACUUUAUCAAUGAGUCUUAAAUAUACAAUGAUUACAAAAUAAUUUGAACUUUGUCAUUGGUAAUAGCGACUUAAAUUUACUUGCCAAAUGUAUCUUGCACUUGCCAAAAUGUUUUCAACUCAAUAACCAGGAGAAAAAAAAUGGCAUAUUUUUAUAACAGACAUACUUUUUUUGUACAUUGUGUUCAUUCUUGAAUAAAGUCAGUUCAGUGUUGGCUUGGAGAUAUUAAAAGGAAAGUAUUGACUUUUAUUCAAUAAAUGUUUUCUUUCAGUUUGUGGCCUAUACUUUUUCUUUUCAUAAAUAACAUAUGCAUUAGAAGAACACUUGCAGCUUGUGGACAAACUUGUGGUGAAAAUUCUCUGAAGAAUAACUUACUAGUUUCAUUGAGUAAUUUGUAGUUUUUUGAGUGUUUUGACCUUUUUGUUGCCAAGUGGAUUAAACCAUAAUUUUAGCAGCGGUUUUUGUUGCAUUGAUUUCAUGUGUAUAGCAAGGGCUUCUGCAACUAUCUUCAAGGAAAGGUUUCUUAAAUACACUGGAAACCUUCAUAUACAGGAUUUCUUUUCUUUUGACUGCAACUGAUAUGUGUGUUAUUCUCUUGAUUGUGAUACAGAUUAUUGUGGUCAUCAGAUUACCUGUGGUAAUCAUCCUAAUACACACAUCUGUAUUAAAUAUACUUGCAAGGCGCA